AAAAGUAUAGUCACAAUGUAUCUGUAUCUGACAAUAUUUUCAAGAAGCGAAGCUUCGAGUCUCCGACUCAUAUAGAACAAUGGCACGCACCAAAAGAUUUCAAACUUCCCGAUUCAUUAUUGCAAAGUAAUGAGGCCCUGCCUCUUGAUACUACAAUAGCCGAACAAAUACCAGAGGAGCAAAAAAAAAAUUAG